AGUGAACACGUGAGUGAGGGUGAUGAGAAUAAGGAGCGAGGCAACUGGUCGUCAAAGACUGACUACUUACUCUCAUUGAUUGGCUGUGCUGUGGGCCUGGGCAAUGUCUGGAGAUUCCCUUACCUGGCUUACAGAAAUGGAGGAGGUGCGUUUCUUAUUCCCUACACACUCAUGCUGGCACUCAUUGCUAUGCCAAUGUUUUUCUUGGAAUCUUCCUUUGGGCAGUUUGCCAGCCUCGGACCUGUUGCAGUGUGGAAAGCCGUGCCAAUGAUGCAAGGUGUGGGGAUCACUAUGGUCCUGUCCAGUACAAUUCUUGACAUCACCUACAACUGCGUCAUCACCUACAGCCUGUACUACUUGUUUGCUUCCUUCCAAUCCCCACUGCCGUGGGCAGACUCCUGCAGCUGGUGGAGUGCAGAUGAAACAUGCAGCAGGGGUCUCAAAGAUCCACUUUGCAAUCUCACUCUGGAUGAUGGAUAUUUUGAAAUCGUUAAUACAACAUGGCUGCAUGCAAACAAUGAAACUUGUCCAAAUGGAUCAGAAAUCGACGUUCCUCACCAGGGUCCAAGUGAGCAAUACUGGAAUAAAGUGGUUUUACGCCGAACCAGUUCAAUGGAUGAAACUGGGGAGAUGGUCUGGUAUUUAGCCCUUUGUCUGCUUCUGGCCUGGCUGAUUGUUGGGGCAGCGUUAUUGAAAGGAGUGAAAUCUUCAGGAAAGGUGGUUUAUUUCACUGCGACAUUCCCUUAUGUGGUUCUGACCAUACUCCUGAUCCGAGGUGUUACCCUGGAGGGAGCAAAUAAAGGAAUUGAAUUCUACAUUGGAAGCCAGUCAGACUUCUCCAAACUGGCUGACGCUGAGGUCUGGAAAGAUGCUGCAACACAAAUUUUCUAUUCUCUUGCAGUGAGUUUGGGCAGUUUAGUAACAUUGUCAUCAUACAACAAAUUCCACAAUAACUGUUACAGAGAUAGCAUCGUUGUCUGUGUUGUUAAUUGUGCUACAAGUGUGUUUGCUGGAUUUGCCAUCUUCUCCAUCCUUGGACACAUGGCUCAUGUUCAAGAGAAGCCUGUUUCAGAAGUUGUGCAGUCAGGUUUUGGUUUGGUCUUCAUUGCCUACCCAGCGGCUAUUGCACAGUUGCCGUGGUCACCUUUGUGGUCCUCUUUAUUUUUCUUCAUGCUGAUCACUCUGGGACUCGACAGUCAAUUUAUAGCUGUAGAAGCAAUUAUAACAACUCUGCUGGACCAGUUCCCUCAGUUUCUGCGAUCAAAACGUCUUUAUCUGGCAUCUGGCGUUUGUUUGUUAUUUUAUUUCCUCAGCCUUGUAUGUGUGACACAGGCUGGAAUUUACUGGAUCAAUUUAAUUGAUCAUUUCUGUGCUGGAUGGAGCAUUCUUACAGCUGCUAUUCUGGAACUCAUCAGCUUAAGCUGGAUCUAUGGGGUACACAGAUUCAUCAAGGACAUUGAGAUGAUGAUUGGAGAAAGGAAUUGGCUCUUCUGGUUGUGGUGGAGAGCAUGUUGGGUUUUUAUCUCUCCCUGUUUGCUGACAGCCAUCUUGUUUUGGUCAUUAGUGACAUUUGCUCCCCCAACAUUUGGAUCUGUUGAGUACCCUGUCUGGGCAACAGUACUUGGCUGGUGUAUGACAAUCUUCUGUAUUAUGUGGAUCCCCAUUAUCGCCAUUGUGAGAGUUGUCCAAGCUGAGGGCUCCACCUUGUGUCAGAAAAUUUCUGCUGCUUGCACAUCAGCUCCUGAUUGGGGUCCGUACUUGAAACAACACAGAGGGGAAAGAUACAGAAACAGGCCUGAUUCCACAGAAGACCCUGUUUGUGACCAAAUUCUGACGUUGCCCUGA